AUGUGGCUCCUGGAGAGGACCGGCCACCGGGGGGCCGCGGCCGAGGCGCCCCGCGCCUGCCCCAACGUGCUCACCCCGGACCGCAUCCCGCAGUUCUGCAUCCCGCCGCGCCUGCCCGGCGCGGACAGCCCGGCCGGCCGCCGCGGCCACCUCCCCGCAGCCUGCUCGCUCCCGCACCUGGCGGGCCGUGCGGGAUGCGCCUUCCUGCCCGAGAGCCCGCACACGCGCCGCCGCGAGUCCCUGUUCCACGCGCCGCCGCCCGGCCCGCCCGCCGCGCGCCUGCACGCGUCCACCCCGGACCUGCGCCGCUGCCUCUGCCGCGCGCCCGCCGGCCACGGCCACUCGUCCGCCGACUCGCCGCCGCCCCCCCGGACCCGGACCCGGACCCGGACCCGGGCCCGGCCGCUCUCGCUGCCCGCCCCGGAGGGUCCCGGCCCGGCCGCCCCGCCGCCGCCGCCGCCGCCGCUCUUCCACCUGGACGUGCUGCGCGGGCAGCUGCGGCCCGCGCGCGACAGUGUCCUGCGCCUCGGGCCGCGCGGCGGGCAGCUGCGGGUGUCCGCCGAGUACCAGGCGGCGGCCCGGCGCCUGCGGCUGCGGCUGGUCAGCGCCGAGCGCCUGCCCGCGCCGCGCCCCGGGCCCGGGCGCGGCGGCGGCGGCUGCUGCGUGGUGCUGAGGCUGCGGCCGCGUGUGCGGCCGCGGGGCCAGCGCAGCCGCGUGGUCAGGUGCAGCGCCAACCCCAUCUUCAACGAGGACUUCUUCUUCGACGGCCUCGGCCCGCCCGACCUGGCCGCCCGCAGCCUCCGCGCCAAGGUGCUGGACCGCGGCGCGGGCCUCCGCCGGGACGUGCUGCUGGGCGAGUGCGAGGCGCCGCUGCUGGCCCUGCUGCCGCCCCCCGGCGCGGGGCUGGGCCCGGGGGCCUCCCUGGCGCCCGCCCACCUCAGCCCCUAG